AUGGCAUCAUCAUCAGUUGUUUCUUUGAUUUCCAAAAAGAUCAUCAAACCCUCUAUUCAAACUCCUAUUCCUCUUAGAUCUCACAAACUUUCCUUCCUUGAUCAAGUUUUUGAUAUGUCUAUUCCUUUUGCAUUUUUCUACCCGAAAAGGGGCAAUGACAAGUCUUCUGAACCUAGCCACGUGUCUCACCUACUUGAGAAAUCUCUUUCUAAAACUCUUUCGUAUUAUUAUCCUUACGCGGGAAGGAUAAAGGGUGAUCGCUCUGUUGAUUGUAACGACAUGGGAGUUGAUGUCUCCAACGUUUGUGUCCAUUGUCCCAUGUCGGAAAUUCUUAAACGCCCUUACACCAAUGGUGAAAACGUAGCUUUUCCCCAACGUCUACCUUGGAACCACACGGACGAAGGAAAUUUAGUUGUGGCUCAGGUUAGCUAUUUUGAUUGUGGAGGAAUAGCCAUUGGUGGAUGCUUAUCACACAAGAUCGGGGAUGCAUGCACUAUCAGCAAUUUCUUCUACAAUUGGGGGGUUUUGAAUCGUGACAAAAGUGUAACAUUAUCUCCUCGCUUUGUAGGAGAAUCCAUUUACCCCCAAUCUAAUGAUCCUUCUAUUGUUUCAACUAUCAAGCCAGAAGAACCAGGAUAUCUAGGGAAAAGGUUUGUGUUCCCUUCCGCUAAAAUAAAUGCCCUCAAAGCCAAAUUUUCCUUUGAUUCAGGAGUUCAGAAUCCAACUCGCACUGAAGUUGUGAGCACGCUAAUUUACAAACAUGCUAUAGCUGCAAGAACCACGAAUUUUGGUUCGUUUAAACCAUCUUCUUUGUUUCAAGUUUCAUACAUGCGCGAAAGGCUCAACCCGCCUCUUUCACAAGAUGCAUCCGGAAACAUUGUGUCCGGCUUCUCUGUGGAAACAACUAACGAAAGAGAAGUAAAUUGUUCUAGACUAGUAAGUGAAUUGAGGAAUGAGAAGGAGAAACUUGAUCAGGACAAAGCGAGGGCUAUAGAAAAUGCAUUUAUCUCUGAAGUAGUUGAUUUGCUUGAAAAAGGAAAAACCCCAUUCAAUAGCGACGUGCUUGACUAUUAUUUUUGUCUAAGUUUGAACGCGUUCCCUCUCUAUAAGACGGACUUUGGUUGGGGGAAGCCAGCUAGAGUGAGCCUCGCGACGGGCCCCUUCAAUAGGUGGUUUCAUCUGAUGGAUAAUCAAAGCGGAGGUGGCGUUGAAGCUAUAGUCAUGCUCGGCGAACAAGACAUGUCUAUAUUUGAAAGAGAUCCCGAGCUUCUGGAGUUUGCUAUUCCAGUUCCAAAUCAUUAA